CGCUCUGUUGCAAGUUGAUUUUGUGUUCUCUUCGUGUACGUCCUGCUAUAAAACUAAACCACAUUUCAAACACACACACACACAAAUGGCAUAUAUGGAUUCAAUGCCGAAACCUCAUGCAGUUUGCAUACCAUUUCCAGCACAAGGCCAUAUAAACCCCAUGUUAAAGCUAGCCAAAAUCCUCCAUUCAAGAGGCUUCUAUAUCACCUUCGUCAACACCGAAUUCAACCACCGCCGCCUUCUCAAGGUUCUGGGCCCCGACACCCUCAACCGCCACCCUUCCUUCAAAUUUGAGACCAUUCCUGACGGCCUUCCGCCACCGGAAAACUUUGAUGUCACCCAAGAUAUCCCSUCUUUAUGCAAGUCCACCUCUGAAACCUGUUUGGAACCGUUUAAGAAGCUUCUCUCGAAACUCAACGAYACCACCGCCRURCCUCCGGUGAGUUGUAUAGUUUCCGACGGUGUAAUGAGCUUCACGCUAGAUGCAGCAGAUGAAUUGGGGAUUCCUGAAGUUCUGUUUUGGACGACUAGUGCUUGUGGCUUCUUGGCUUAUGUACACUAUGGAACUCUCAUGGAAAAAGGAUUCAUUCCACUUAAAGAUUCUGCUGACUUGACCAAUGGGUACUUGGAUAAGAUCGUAGAUUGUAUUCCUAGCAUGAAAGGCAUCCGCUUGAARGACAUGCCAUCUUUCUUGAGAUCCACAAAUCCAGAUGAAUUUAUGGUUAACUUUCCUUUUCGAGAAACCGAAAGAGCCAAAAAAGCUUCGGCAAUCAUACUCAACACCUUCGAGGAGUUAGAGCACGACGUGUUAAAGGAGCUCUCUUCUAUUUAUCGUGACGUCUACUCGAUUGGGCCAUUGCAUAUCCUGGAAAACAAUASGGAGAAAAAUGAUCUGCAGCUGGUGGGUUCGAGUCUCUGGAAAGAAGAGACUGAAUGUCUGGAAUGGCUCGACUCAAGAGAAUSUAAUUCGGUUGUUUAUGUGAACUUUGGAAGCAUAACUGUGAUGACACCCCAACAACUAGUUGAGUUUUCAUGGGGCCUUGCURAUAGUAACCAGACCUUUUUAUGGGUAAUCCGACCCGACCUUGUUUCUGGAGACUCUCCAAUGCUGCCACCGGAGUUCUUGGAGGCAACCAAGGAUAGGGGCUUGUUGACAAGUUGGUGCCCUCAAGAAAAGGUUCUGAAUCACCCAUCAAUCGGAGGGUUUCUAACACAUAGUGGAUGGAAUUCGACCCUGGAAAGUAUAUCCAGUGGAGUUCCAAUGAUCUGUUGGCCWUUCUUUGCUGAGCAACAGACCAACUGCUGGUUUAGUUGUAAUCAGUGGGGMAUCGGGAUGGAGAUUGAUAGUGAUGUCAACAGAAAAGAGGUUGAAAAGCUUGUGAGGACGUUAAUGGUGGAAGARAAAGGUGAAGAGAUGAGAGGAAUGGCGAGGGUUUGGAAAAAGAAGGCCGAAUCCAUGUCAUCUAUGGUGAAUAUAGACAACUUGAUCAACCAAGUGCUACUUCGAUCCUCGAGUGCUUGAAAGAUUGUUGCUUUAUGUUCUUCAAUGUUGUACGAAUGAAGAUGUGCAAUUUGUUGCAUGGGAUCAGGGAUGUUGAUGAUGUGUACAUGCAUGCAUAAAUCAUUUAAUUUAGUUUGUACUUGAAAUGUGUUUUUAUUAAAUCUGGAAAAAGUAAAUGUGAGUUUGAAUUUCUUUUAUAUCCGAAUGUAAACGUUAUCUUGCUCU